GGGAAGAAACGGAAUGUGGCGACUGAUUUGAUUCCCCCAGCCCAGCAAAGCAAGAGGGGCUGCCCAGGGCAAAGGGGAAACUACCAGUGUUCCAUUUUCCUGACAGAACCAUGCCUACGCUGCCUUACCACAGAUUACUGUAACCACAGGCCAGUGUUGGGGACCUGAGCGUUUCUCUUCAGUGAGAGGGACGGAAGCUGAGAGAAGGCUACUGCUGUGUGACGGUCCCUUGAGAAACAACAUGGCCGCACAGCAACAUGCAAACAAAAUGGCCGCUCCUCCGGGAGAAAUGGCGGACCUGGGACUCUCAUCACAGGUUCGAGUGAAAAUGGAGGCUCAGUGCCAAGUGGACGGCAGCAGCACAAGAGAAGGAGGUGGGAAAUUCCCCGGCAUAAUCCAAUCUGGGACCGCCGAGGAGUCGGUGAGGGAGGCAUCUGCAGCAAGGGUGAAGCAGGAGCUGGUAGAGGCGCCGCUGAGGAGCUGGGAUUGCCAGUGGCAACGGGUGUUAGAGGUGGUCCCAACUCCCAUGAGCACCCCAGGAUGGGACAACCUACAGCUGCCUCCUUUGACUCAAGGAGGCAACUCCGAGGCCUACCUGGCCACCUUUGAGCGCGUGGCCGACGCUUCUCAGUGGCCUCGGGAGGAGUGGGUGACUCGGCUCGUGCCUGUUCUCAGUGGACAAGCCCAGCAGGCCUAUUUCAGCCUGGACGCAAAGGACAAGGGUGACUAUGGCAAGGUGAAGGUGGCCAUUUUGAGGCUGGACGACUAUACCUCUGCAGAGACCCACCGCCAAGGCUUUAGGCACUUCUGUUACCAGGAUGCCGAGGGGCCACGUGGGACGUGCCGGCAGCUCCAGGAGCUCUGUCAUCGCUGGUUGAGGCCCGAGAGCCACACCAAGGAGCAAAUUGUGGACCUGCUCAUCUUGGAGCAGUUCCUUGUUAUCCUGCCGCAGGAAAUGCAAGAUUGGAUUCGAGAACGUGGACCUGAGACCUGUGACCGGGCCGUGGCGCUGGCUGAGGAGUUCCUGCAAGAACAGCAGGAGACCGAGAGAUGGGCCCAACAGAUAACAGUGCCAAUUGAGAUGGUGAUUGUAAACUCCCCUGUUGUAGAUCAGGCUCUGUCAGAUGCAACACAGAGACAUCCAUACAAGGAGGCCAAAAACGCUAACAAUGAAGAUACCAGUUCAUUGCAAGAAACCAACUUUGCAAGCAGAGCUGGGACCAAGGAUGCACGCCAGGGAGACCCCGAAGCGGAUGAACAAGGCAGGCGAUCUCAAGGGGAAUUGGGAGAAGCUGUUUUCCUCAAGAGCGACCCUAGGAGAUCGCACAUGAGCGAGCGCGGCUUAGGGAAACCACAGAGGGGGGGCUGCCUGCCAGUGAGGGUGAUCAAGGACAGGGGACUUGGAGGCGGCCUAGCCGACCCGGAAGCCAAGCGGCACCUGUGCAAGGAGUGCGGGAAAAGGUUCCGCAAGAAGUGGGACCUCAUCAGGCACGAAAGGAUCCACACGGGUGAGAAGCCGUACCAGUGCCCGGAAUGCGGGAACAGCUUCAAUCGGAACACCACCCUCACAAAACACCUCCUCAUUCACUCAGGGGAGAAGCCCCACCAAUGCGCCUAUUGCGGGAAGAGAUUCACGCGGCGCUCGCACGUUGUGAACCACCAGAGACGCCAUUCAUGCCAAGGAAGGUCUUGAUGAAACAACCACCGGUUCCGGUCCGUGCGAAGUCUUUUAACUCCCUUCUCCGGAGGCAAAGGGGAUCACCGCAUGUUAGCGUUGCAAGGCUCGGAGUGCAGUGGGGCGGCUUCGAGGGUGUUCGUCGCUUGUGUCCAUCUUGGAUCCGGUGAUCGAAAAUGCAUCGGAGAUCAGGCAGCUUCCAGGGACGCCAGGUCAGGGAAGAUCUGUGUCCACGUCUAUUGUUUGGCAAACAGCAGCAAGACUGAGGGAGCAUCCGAGAAAGAGGGGGGUGGGGCAUCAUCCAACUUUUCCCGGUCAAGAAUUGUGGUAGUGAGGUCCAAUUCCAGAACUUGGGUGUGUGUGUGUGUGUGUGAAUUAUCAGACCACGUUCUGGAGCAAAAGUUAGCAUUUCAUCACAGCAUUGGAAGGACACGUGAGUCCAAACUACCAGACACUCCUUGAAGGACUUAACUUUUGAUCCAGCUACUAUUUUUAUACCAAGCCAGCCUUGCUGACCCGGAAUUACGCUUUUGCUGUUAUUCUGUAUCCGUGCCUGAAGCUGCCUGUUCUCAUCAAGGAGACAAAUGUGAGGCAUUUAAAGGGCGAAAGUGGCAGAGGAACAGUGCUGUCUGCUCUGGCUUUGGGGGCAUGGUGUAGUCUUUGUCUGCAACUGAACACCUAGGUGAUGGGAGCCCAGCGAAAAUAAGGCAUUGUCUAGCCUGGCCCAGGUUAAAUCAAACUCCAGCUCUUCGGCUGAAGAUAAGAUUGCAAACUGACCAGAAAAAACAGUUUGCCUGUUGUGCUGCUGUGCCUUUCACAGCAGCUCGAUGUGCAGAAAUUAACAGGUUUCACAGCAUGGGGAUGACAUUUAUCACC